UCAUCCGCCUGAGGGGCAUCUUACCUUCUGUCACUAUCUUCAGAAUCUAUCUGAACAGUAAUCAACGUGACCCCCCUCGCGAUGGAAGGCAAUCUGCCCCAGCACCAGUGCCAUCCGGCGUCCACCGCCGUCGAUAAGGAUGACCUGGUCAUCCCGAUCAUCGACUUCGAGCCCUUCCUGAACGGGACCCCCGCCGAUAAGCAUGAGGUCGCCAUGUCCGUCGUAGGCGCCUUCAAAUCCUCCGGUUUCCUCUAUCUCAAGGACCACGGCAUCCCACCAUCCGUCGUCUCGCGCGUGUUUGGCUCGUCUGGCCGCUUCUUCGCCCGACCCCAGGACCAGAAAGAUGGUCUGUGCUGGACGACCCCACAGGCGAACCGUGGUUACGUCAAGACCGGCCUGGAGAAGCUCAGCACGCCCGAUGACGUCUCCGGGGAUUCUCGAACCACCCCCGACCUGAAGGAGACGAUAGAGAUUGGCCGAGAAGGCGUCGAGGGCCACCCCAACCGGUGGCCGGACCACCUGGAUGACGAGGGCAAGGAUUUCAAGGAGGUGAUGCUGUCGUUCUUUGACAUGUGCAAGUCUCUCCAUCAGGAGGUCAUGCGGGCCAUCGCGCUGGGGAUGAAUCUGCCGGAGCACUUCUUCGACUCCUACGUCGACGCCGGCGACAAUAACCUCCGCCUGCUCCACUAUCCAUCCGUGCACAAGAAGGUCUUCGAGCAGGAUCCAUCGCAGGUUCGUGCCGGGGAGCAUAGUGACUACGGUUCGAUCACCCUUCUCUUCCAGGACCGUCGCGGUGGACUGCAGGCUCGCAGCCCCCGCGGAACGUUCGUCGAUGUGACCCCUAUUGCGGAUACGGUGGUCAUCAACGCUGGGGACCUGCUGGCUCGAUGGUCGAACGACACGAUCAAGAGUACGCGACACCGGGUUGUCGAGCCCCCGAAAGUACCUGGCGAAGAGCACGACUCCGAUAUUUACCCCGAUCGCUACAGCAUUGCGUACUUCUGCAAUCCCAACAUGAACCAGUUCAUCGAAGCCAUUCCGGGGACGUAUGGAGAGGACAUUUGCCCCGCAAAAUACCCCGGGAUCACUGCGGGGGACUAUCUGGUGCAACGGCUGACGGCAACGAUCUGAAUGGGUCUCGGGGUUGGCGUUGGACUGAGAUUUUCGAAGCGCGCCUUGCGGUAGUAGCAGCGGAUCAAGUUCUUGUCUCUAGCAUUUCGCCUGGUUCUCAGCG